AUUCUGACAAUUUCAUAAAUCAGUAUUCUACAAACGAACACUAUGAUUUUUAUGGUGAUUCUUAUGAAGAUCAUUAUAUUGAAUCUGAUAACUUAGAGAAUAAUGAACCAUCUUUAGAAGAACCAAUUCUUGACGUGGUUACUAGAUGGAAUUCCAUGUACGAUAUGUGUGAACGAGCAAUAGCACUAAAAGUUGCAUUAGAUUCAAUAGCUCUUGCUGAACGGACUCUUUUAUCCGAUAAUUAUUAUUCUGAUCGCAAUUUCGUAAAUAUCAGAUUAUUCAGGCUUUUAAAUUCCACCAAUUUGCAUUAUCAUAAAUUUUUGACCAGCUUCUCGUCUGAGAGCGCAAUGGAAAUAGCUAAAGUUACUGCUGAAAUUGAACUCGAGAAACUCAUCCUUGGCAUGGAUAAUAAACUUGAUAAAAUAAUGCUUAAAUUGAAUAUUAGAUCAGAUAAUCUCCAUUUACAAAAAAUCGAUGAAAAUGAUCUGACAAACCCCCCAGCGGGACCUCGUUGUUGCGGUUCUGUUAUUAGGAAGAAUCGAAUUUCAUCGUAG